GACUACUGCACGUGUGCCAAUCAUAUGGCACAUAAAGCACCAACAGACAAAACAAGCGGUGUGUGUAUCCUCUCCACCCCCGUCCCCCCAGAGCCAUGGCUGAGGCGUUGAUAGCGGUUGCCCAGGACCAGUUCAGCUGCCCCGUGUGCCUGGACCUUCUGCGGGACCCCGUCACCCUGCCCUGCGGACACAGCUACUGCACGGGCUGCAUCAAGGGCUGCUGGGACCAGGAGGACCAGCGCGGUGUCUACAGCUGCCCCCAGUGUCGGCAGACCUUCUCCCCCAGGCCCGUGCUGGGCCGCAACGCCAUGCUGGCAGAGGUGGUGGAGAAACUCAAGCACACGGGCGACCUGCAGGCGUCCAAUCCGGCGCUGCUGGCCGUGGCAGGGCCCGGCGACGUGGAGUGCGGGGUGUGCGCGACCGGCAACAAGCUGAAGGCGGUCAAGUCGUGCCUGGUGUGCCUGGACUCCUACUGCCCGAGCCACUUCAGCUGCCACGAAGAGCUGCACUCGGGCAAGCGCCACCUGCUGGUCGACGCCUGCCCUGCCAUGCACGAGAAGAUCUGCCACCAGCACGACAAGCUGCUGGAGGUCUUCUGCCGCACCGACCAGCAGGUCAUAUGCCUGCAGUGCGUCAUGGAGGAGCACAGCGGCCACAAGACCGUGUCGGCCGCCACCGAACGUGCCGAGAAACAGAAGCAGCUGGUGAAGAAGCAGCAGAGGUCCAGACAUCAUAUCAAGGAGCGAGAGGAGAAGGUGACAGAGUUGAAGGAUGCCAUGAGCUCACUUAAAUCCUCCACAGGCACGGCCCUCAGCUUCGGCGAGCGCAUCUUCAGCGAGCUGCUGGUGUCCAUCGAGAAGCGUCGCUCCAAGCUGGAGGAGCUGAUCCUGGCCCAGGAGCGGGCGGAGCUGCAGCGGGCCGAGGGCCUCCUGGAACGCCUGGAGCAGGAGAUCGCCGAGCUGCGGCAGAGGGACUCCGAGGUGGAGCAGCUCUCGCACACCGAGGACCAUGUCCAGUUCCUCCAGAGGUUCCAGUCUCUCCGCAGCUGUCCGGUCCUUGAAGAGCUCCCAAGCACAACGAUCAGUUCCAUGUUGCCCGUGCAGGACCUCUUGAGGGCAGCCAACGAGGUGAAGAUGAGGACAGAGGAGCUGCUGAACAAGCAGAUAGACAAGAUCUCCCUCUACGAGCCUCAGACUACACCAGCCACAGAGCCAAUGACCAGAGAUGAGUUCCUACAGUAUUUCUGCCAGUUGACCCUGGACGCCAACACGGCCUACAAGCGUCUGAGCCUGACGGAGGGCAACUUGGAGGCCACCUCCACCAAUCAGGACCAGGCCGUGCCCGAGCACCCCGAGCGCUUCGACCACCGGCCGCAGGUGCUGUGCCGGGAGGCCCUCAGCAGCCGCUCAUACUGGGAGUUCGAGUGGAUGGGCAAGUGUGGCGUGGAGGCCGUGGUCUCCUACAAGGGCAUCAGCCGGAAGGGCCUGGGCAACGAGUGUCUCUUCGGCUUCAACGACCAGUCCUGGUGCUUCAUCUGCGCCCCGGCCAGGCACAUCUUCUGGCACGACUCGGUGAAGGCCGAACUUCCGGGCCCCGGUUCUACACGGGUCGGGGUGUACCUGGACCCUCCGGCGGGGCUGCUGGCUUUCUACCGCGUCUGCAACCCAACGACGGCAGACCCAACCAUGACACUUCUCCACAGGGUCCACACCACCUUCACGCAGCCUCUGUAUCCCGGCUUUGGGUUUGGACUUGGAGCCAGCGUCAGGAUCUGCUCCCUCAAGGACUGAACUACGGGGGUGCAUUUCUAGAAAGGGUAGUUGCUAACUAUGCUAGCUACUUUGUUGGUUGCAAUGCAAUUUCCCAUUGGCAACUACCGAAGUUGCUAACUGCUAACAACUACGCUUUCCAGAAAUGCACC